GUCCGUAUCCGUACAUAAUAAACGAGGAGAGCGAAGAUGGACUUGUGGUUUGGAUCUGGAUGAGCCGGAUAUGGACUGCUCGUUCUCCACAGGCGGUGGUGGCGAUCCCUGAAUGCCAUGGCCCAGAGGAGCAAUUAGCCGUAGAGUGAAAGCUUCUGCUACCAGGCAGAGUGGCAGACCUCCACCGAAGCAACCAAAUCGCUGGACACAGUUCGAUUAAUGUCGGAGAGGUGAAAUGGAGAAAUUAAAUAAAAUUCUGAAAUCAUCGUUUCUCGUCAUCGUCUUCUUCUUCUUGUUCUCCGACAUUUUCAUGUACUGCUCAGUUGCAGAAGGCGUUACUCCAGAUGAAGCUAAACAGCUCAGAGACGAGGUGCGUGAAAUGUUCUAUCAUGCCUUUGAUGGGUAUAUGGAGCAUGCGUUUCCACUUGAUGAAUUAAGACCUCUCACUUGCACCGGAGAAGACACACUUGGUGGUUAUGCCUUAACUCUUAUUGACUCCUUAGACACAUUGGCCUUAUUUGGUGAUCGAGAACGAUUUGCUGCCUCAGUUGAAUGGAUUGGUAAAAACCUUCAAUUUAAUAUUAACAAAACAGUUUCUGUCUUUGAAACCUCAAUCCGAAUCCUUGGAGGUCUACUUUCUGCUCAUCUGAUUGCAAGUGAUUAUGCUACGGGCAUGAGAAUUCCAUCCUAUGAAAAUCAAUUACUUCACUUAUCUGAGGAUCUAGCCCGUAGGCUGUUACCUGCAUUUGACACUCCUACUGGUAUUCCAUUUGGAUCUGUCAAUCUACUGCAUGGAGUUGAUGAAAAUGAAAGCAAGAUAACAUCGACAGCUGGUGGUGGCACUUUAACUUUAGAAUUUGGGGUGCUGAGCCGUUUAACAAAUAAUCCAGUUUUUGAGCAAGUUACAAAAAAUGCAGUUCGUGGAAUUUGGGCACGCCGUUCUAAACUCAACCUAGUCGGUGCUCAUAUCAAUGUUUUUACAGGUGAAUGGACUCAAAAGGAUGCAGGAAUAGGGACAAGUAUUGAUUCCUUCUAUGAGUAUCUUCUGAAGGCCCACUUAUUAUUUGGAGAUAAGGAGUAUCUAUAUAUAUUCCAAGAAGCUUACAAGGCUGCAAUGCACUAUCUCUACAAUGAUCCUUGGUAUGUGGAGGUGAAUAUGAAUUCUGCUGCGAUUGUCUGGCCAUUAUUUAACAGUCUGCAGGCAUUCUGGCCAGGCCUUCAGGUUUUAGCUGGCGACAUUGAUCCUGCUGUUCGUACACAUUCUGCCUUCUUUAGUGUAUGGAAAAAAUUUGGCUUCACCCCUGAGGGUUUUAAUCUUGCCACACUCAGUGUUCAGUAUGGUCAAAAAAGUUAUCCAUUGCGCCCAGAAUUGAUGGAGAGCACCUAUUGGCUCUACAAAGCCACCAGAGAUCCAAAAUAUCUUGAUGCUGGACGUGACAUGGUUUCCAGCCUGCAAUAUGGGGCUAGAUGCCCUUGUGGAUAUUGCCAUAUAUCAGAUGUGGAAUCGCAUGAACAAGAUGAUCACAUGGAGAGCUUUUUCCUUGCUGAAACCGUUAAAUAUUUAUGGCUUCUAUUUGAUUUGGCUGCGGGCUCAGACAAUCUUGUUGAAAAUGGGCCAUACAAGUAUAUCUUCAGCACUGAAGGCCACUUAUUGCCUGCAACCCCUGAAAUAUCCCUAGUACAUGAACAUUGUUCUUACUUCGGGGCAUUUUGCAAAAAUGAAAGCAUGAGAAAGCGAUCGCAUUUGUCAGAUGUCUCAUUUGGCUCUCAAGAAGCCAAAGGUAUUGAAUUCCACAGAGUUCAAGAUCAUACUAGGUUUCUCUCAGACCCAAUAUCUCAUGAGUCAGGUUUGAUCAAGGGUGUCUGCCAGGGACUAACUUAUGAGCAAAAGAUUGGAAUAUCAUUUGUGGCUGCUACAGGUAAAACUCAGACAGAGGAGCCUAGAGAUCAGCAAGAGACUAGUCUGAAGCCAAGCCAUUCAUUAUUUGUUAGUGAUCCAGAACAUUCACCAUCCACUGUUAAGAGGAGUGACAAAAGUGUUCCAGAACAUCUACCAUCCGAUGACAACAGGGAUGAUGGAAGCGUUUACGAAUCAAGCCCAAGCAACUACAAGAGUUAAUACUCUUGGUUAUGACAGAGUGGCUGAAAGGAAGACAGAUGUCUGUGAUUCAAUUUUAAAAUGCUCAGGCCCUGACCCUUGAAUGUCUGGGUAUUCCUGUUCUGCAGAAGCACUGGUUGUGACAA